AUGGCUUAAGAUCAUGGCUUAAGUCACCAUCUCGUACUGUUACUAUCAGCCAUCUGUAUUUAAAGGAAACAACAUUAAGUGCAACUGACUAAAUACAAAUCUGUCUCAAACAUCCACUAGAAAUAAAUACAGUCAUUAUUAACAUCAUUUGACUCUUAACUAUACCGGGAAUAAUAUUCAAUCGAAAUACUUUUCGACUCGAAAGAACUGGUUGUUAGGACAAAAUGAUGGCACCCCAAAUACCAGCUUAGAUUUCCGUCAACUUGCAGUCAAAUUGGCAUCUGGGGGUAAAAUAGAUGUAAUAUCGCUUAGAACGAGUGUUCAUGGUACAUGGCGUCGAAUACUAAUUAUGAGUUCUAAGCACUGUUGUCACAUUUUAUGAUACAGUGUUUCACAUUUUCCGUUUGUUUACAUCUUAUACUAAAUUUACGCCAGUCUGAACAAACUUAUUGUGAUUAACUUUUAAAAUUCACUGCAAUUAUUUCGAAAAGUCAAAAUUUAAUCAUAAAAAUAAAUGAUAAUGACAUAUACACGUAACAAGUGUUAACAGUAAUGACCUUGAUUACUGUGAUUUCCUCAUUUUAUUUUUUUCGUAUUUGUUAAUAAUUUAUAAAGAUUUGUUUUUUUUUUUUUUCAAGUUAUCUAAUUUAAUAAUCUUUUUUCAAAGUUUUCGUAUUUUUUAAGCUAUUUAUUACUUAUAAAAAUAUAUUUAAUACAUUAUCGAUAAAACUGUAAUGAUGGAAGUAACGACUGAUGAAGAAGCGCAAGCAGUUCUUGAUGGAAUGGAAGCCACACAAUAUAUUACAAUUCAACGUGCUGAUAGUGAAUCAAUAAGUAAAGUCCCAUUGAUAACAUUAAAUGGUGAAUUAAUAUCUGAAGGGAUGGUUGUUGACAUGAUAAAUGCUGGAGUAGGAACAGAAUACAAUUCUGCUACCCCGUAUUAUGAAACUGACGAUCUUUUACCACAUGAAUUAACUGAGGAGGAUCGUAAAUUAGCUGCAGCUUUGGUGGCAGUUCAACUUCAACAACAACAAAAACAUCAGCAAAUUCAUAAUCAACUACAUCAAGAUGAUACGGCUUUACCUGAUGUCAGUCAAUUAGCUACGUUAUCACCUGUUAAUGCUUACGCCAUACAGACUAUUGCUGAUCCUGAACCAUCGUCAAUUUACUCAGCAAUACAAUCGUUUAAACGUAUCAAUCAUCAUGUCAAGCAAGAGUUUAUAAAUGUUAAAAGUGAAUAUGACAUUGACGUAUCGGCUGAAAGUAGUGAAGAAGCUUCAAUACCGAUAUCAGGGCCUAAACGAUCGUUACCUCAUAAAAAACGGAUUGCCAGAAAAUUAAAGCAACAAAAUAAAACAAAUCUCAAACAUGAUUCAAGAAAAAAUAGUAAAGAAGUUGCCGUUUCCAACAAUAUAAACGAAAAUUCAAGUCAAUUGUUCAAAUGUGAAUUGUGUAAUUGUGAAUUUACUGCACAAUUGAAGUUUUUUGAACAUCUUAAGAAUCAUUAUGAACCAGUUAAACAAGAAUCAAGGAUAGGACAAGCAACAAACACUAAUAUAACGAUUUCUGUAUCAGAAACUGCCCAAAAUGUAGAAAAUUCUAGUAUUGAAGAAUUUAGUGAGCCAGAAGAUUUAAUGGAAGGGAUUCGAGGAGUUGUUGAAGAAACUGGAGCACGUAUUGAUGACGAUACAGAAACAAGUCCUUUAACUGAAGUUAACCACAGUUCAACUUUGUGGUCUAUAGCAACGAGUAUUACCGAAACUAUAUCUCAUGACCUUAACGAUUCAUCGACAGUUAAUCAGCAAGACUUGCAAAAUAGAGUUGAUACAGAAGUUACUGAUAAUAUCAAAAAAAAAAAAAUUAACAAAACACGUAAAACUCAAAAUAAUGAAAUGAUAUGUCCGCAAUGUGAUAGGUCAUUUCAUCAUAAAAAUAGUCUUGUGUACCAUAUGAGAUCUCAUAGUGGUGAACGUCCACAUCAGUGUGAAAUUUGUGGCAAAAGUUUUUUCGCUGCUAGUGCUUUAAAAGUUCACAAACGCUUACAUAGUGGUGACAAACCUUACAAAUGUGAAGACUGUGGUCGUCAUUUCCGUCAGUGGGGAGAUUUAAAAUAUCAUUCCAUGAGUAUUCAUUCGGAACAACGUCAGUUUCAGUGUGAAUAUUGUGGUAAAGAUUUUGCACGAAAAUACUCAUUAAUUGUCCAUCGCCGAAUUCAUACAGGCGAAAAAAAUUAUCGUUGUGAAUAUUGUAAUAAAACAUUCCGAGCUAGUAGUUAUUUACAAAAUCAUCGGCGUAUUCAUACAGGUGAAAAACCUCAUCCCUGCACUGUGUGUGGAAAACCAUUUCGCGUACGUAGCGAUAUGAAACGCCACUUGCACACUCAUACUAAAAGUCGAUCAGAGCGACCCAUCAAUCGUACCGGGACCGGUAAAAUAAUAAUAAAUGAAAAAGAUAAAAGUGCAGUUCAGUCAAGAACAUUAAUUCAAGACCUAGUUCAAGAAUUAAAACUUGAGUCACCAAAUAGCAUUGUUGAAAUUGUAUCAGCGGACGAUAAUCCUGAAAGUAUUUUACCUCAUGAAGGUGGUUCUCAAAAUCUAGAAUAUAAUGUCACAGAUUCCACUGACGCAAACUCUGAUCGUGAUCCACUUGAAGCGGUUGACAGAACAUCUGAUACUUUGGCGUCAAUAGGUAUCAUGGCGACGAUGAUUCCCAAACUACCGCUCAUGCGUACUAACAUGCACGUUGUCUGAUACUUAGUGAACAAGUAAUCAUACAAAUUACUUGUUCCCAUUAUUUAUCUAUUCGUACGUCACAGUUGAAUCCCGCUUGCCACCAGUGGCCGUUAGAAAGCUGCCAUCACUGCACAGAAUACCUUUUUUAACUAACCUCUAAAUAGAUGACGGAGUAUCGCGAUAGUGAGGAAACUGUUUCGUUAUGAUCAGAAUAUUUUUUUUUUAUGUCAAUGUCAUUACUUCAAUCUUUGCUCUAUCAAUAAUAAUAAAUUAUGUAAAUUAGAUAGUACACUUAUAAGAUGGAUAAUAAAUUAUAAAAUAUGAGCAGUUUAAGCGCAUCCAGCAGUUCUAUGUAAAAAUAAUAUUGCUGAGAAAUUAUGUGUAUUGUCGUGCAAUAGAAAAAUAGCUAUUAUCUACAAAAUAUUAAUACUCAUUGUGUGAUGCUAAUAAUAGAUACCCAACAUUUGAUAAGCUAUGAUAAAUUUCAAAAUUUUGAUAAUAUGAAAUUUACAAAAAACAUUGUUAUGUAAAAAAAAAAUAAAUUUAUCAUUUACAACUGCGGCAUUGAAAACAUAUUAAAUAGAAGAAAUAAAAAAAUAACUUUUCCAAUCAAACAAAGUUCAUCACUGUCUGACUUUUUAUGAUGACAAUAAUGACAGCUUUAAUAUUCGUGUCAUAAGUAUAAUAAUAUUUUCUCACUUACAAAUCGAUACAUCCCAUGUUACAGUGAUUUUACUAUUAAACUAUGCAAAUAUUGCGGCAGAUAGUUACUGGAGAAGUAGAAAAUUCAAAUAAUCUCUAAAUAAAUAAACAAUAUACAUGACAAUGAUUGAAAAAUCUAUCAUUAAAAUAAAUACAGAUUCAUUAUCCAUCACUGAUAAAGUAGCAAUAGGAAACUAUAAUGUACUUAAUUUAUUGUGAGAUAUAAUAUUCAUGUGCAUAUGAAAUAAUUAGAACAGUACUGUCAAUUAAUUUUUAGAUAGAUGUUUACGUUAAACUAAAGCAAAUUAAAGAUAAUAUGUACAAUGCAAAAUCAUGGAUCACGUUGCCAAAUGAAACUACGACGUUACUGAUAAAAAAAAGUUUUUUCUUCAAAUUGAUGUAUUAUUAAAUAAUAAAAAAUUUUAAUUCUUGUAUAAACCUUAUGAUACAAUCCAUUUUCAUAUAAUGAAAUCCUUUAAGCUAUAACGAAUUUUUUACCUUUCAAAAUUUCAUCUUAGUAAUAUGAUUUUCUCAAGCAGUACAUGUACCGUUUAAAAAACUUCUGAAGUAAUUCGUAAGCAAUCGAA